ACAAUACUGGCAUGUUAAAAAAAUGACUUUUCAUGUGGAGCGAAGGCUGAAAGGUCCAUAGAUUUUCAAGUGGUUGCAGAGGAAUAUCAGUGUUUUAAUAAUCCAAGCAAAAUAACCGAAGGUCGUACUGAAGGACAGCAUUUUACAAUGGGAGGGAGUGAGAGUGUAACUAGAAAGGUGUCUUUUGGUUUGGACGAGGAAGACAGGGUGAGGGUUUUGCACGGAAUCAAGUUGUCGGAGGAUGUCAUCAGGAAAAUGAAAGAAAAAUCAGCCGAAUCCAAACCCUCUGCUUCAGACGAGUGGUCGUCCUCUCAGACAGAAAGCAGUAAAGACUCCUCAGGUUCAAAGAUGCAUUCGGGACACACAGUCACAGUGAAAGAAGAGGAAUUAUACAGAAGGUACGAGAGGGAGAAGGCGAUGGUCCAGGAGGAGCUAGCUCGGAUUGCCCGGAAGGAGAGGGAGUCGGUGCGAGACGAGCUGAGUCUGGCUGUCCUUCGGGAACGAGCCCACACACGCCAGGAGGCAGAGAAGGCCAAGGUGCUGAUGGCAGCAACAACACUUCAUAGCGUCGCUCCGUCUCUGCGGAAUGAGGUCUUAAAGGCAAAGCAGCUGGAGAGGAAAGAAGCAGAGUUGAAACUGCUGGACACUUUUUAUAAGGAGCAGCUAGCACACCUUGAAAAGAAGAACAUCGAGUAUUACAAGUUGACGUCUGAACAGUUCCAUGAGGCAGCAGCCCAGGCAGAAGCUCAUGUGAAGAAGAGGAGGGUGGAGCCUCUGUGCAGUAACCUGCAGUCGGAGAUCCUGCGGUGCUAUCGAGAGAAUAAGGAGCAAACACUGAAUUGCUCUGACCUGGCCAAGGAGUACAUGCAGUGCAUCAAUGCUGCAAAAAAGAACCUGCUGGUGAAUCAUGGAUGAAGAGGAGUUACUUUGACCUGGGUGACCAUUGCCAUGGGCACAGCUUUGACUUGAAUGGAAACUGUCAAUUAAAAUGAUUGUAUAUCCAUUUGUAUAAUAAGAAGGAGUGGAUUGUUAAAAGCAUGGAGCGUCUGACUUUCUUAUGUCUGACUGUAUGGUUCAGAUUAAUUUGAAGUUGCACUAUAUCCCUAGAGGUAAAAUACGCCUCCAUAAUCUUAAAUAAAAUUUGAAGAAAAAAAAUCA